AUGGUGAUAAAUCUAUUAUUAAUUUUUGUAUUAGUUAAUAUAACACAUUGUCAAGCACAUUUGCAAAACAAUUAUGCACUAAAUACCAUACUAGAAGAAACAACCAAUUUUUUUGAGAAAUUAAAAUCAGAUUAUGCGUUUAAAAGUUUGAACAAAGAUAUAUUGGCUGAAAUCAAUGGAAAUAUUACGAAGCACAUGCAAAAUUCAUUUAAACAACCAUUUAACCGUUAUAAAAGAGAAAUACGAGAAGUUUCCAACAAAGGUAUUGACGUAUUAAACGAAUUUGAAGAUUUUGAGCAGUUGAAUUUCAAUGUCGUUCGAAAUAUAAAUUUUUUCUCUUUGCAAAACGAGCUUCAGACAACUUGGUUCAUUGCAAUUUUGGUCAAUUUAAAAAUAUCUGUUUAUCGGAUAGAAAAUCAUAUUUUUCAUUCCGUUGCUGAUUAUACUCUGAUCAAUGGCAAGGAAAUGUUUGUACAUAGCUGCGCUUAUGGAUCAGCUCUUUUGAUAGUUCAAAAUGAAGAUGGCUCGAUCCUUAUCUUGCGCUUCUCAGAAGCGGAAAAUAAGUAUGAUUUGUCCCCUAUUCAAGAUUUUGAACCCAACGACAUAACGCAUAUAGCGAUCUGGCAAGGAAUGAACCAACUAUACUUAGGCAUUGCGUCGCGCUCGAACAUUUCAAUUUACGUUUGGUUUCGUGAUUAUUUUGAUUUGGUGCAUACCAUAAACCAUGAUACCAAGAAAUUAAUCCCUUUCUACAGCAAAGGGUUUAUGUAUCUCGCUGUAACUGGACCUACCACAUUAAUUUUCAAGUAUUUUAUAAAAUCUAACGAGUUUGCGAUAACGCAAAGAUUACCAUCCAGUCAAGAUGUCUCGUCUUUUCAAUUAAUAGAAGGUCACUUUAUGGAACAUUUUCUAAGCCUUUCCAUAGACUCGUCUAUAGUUAUCUACAAAGAAAUUCACGACCGUUUUGUUCCGUUCCAACAAAUUUCUCCCGGAUCAUUUACUGUACCAAUAGUUUCGAACAAAGCAAUCGUGAUUUUAUCUCUACACGAAGAUACGAUACUAAUUUACCAGUACGAUGGCUGGAGAUUUGUAAAAUUAAAUAUAGAAUUGUCCGGAGUCCGUCAAUUUCGUAAAAUUACUUUGUACGGAAAAGACUUGUUGUUAAUAAAAUACACAAACGAUACAUGGGCGUUAAAACAACCAGUAUGGACCAAAAAGAAUUCUAAUAAAGACUUGCAAGACGAAAUCAGAAUAUGGAAUAUUAAUGCUAUGAACAUGGCGCAGAGAAUACCGAAAGAAAUACCAGAUUCGGAGAAUCCUGUUAAAAUUUUAAAAGGCCACAUCAAUAAACUUCUUGUUCGCAAUAUAAACGAGCACAACUCGCAAGCGUUAAAGGAUGUAUCGAAACAGUAUAAAAGAGUAAUCUCAAAGCUUCGAGAACAAAAAGGCAUUAUAAAUAGUAAAUUCCACUCUAAUAAUUUAACUCUUGUUUCUUUACACGCGAAGAAUAUACGUGUUAAAUGCAAAACAAAAUGCAAAGUAAAUCGUCUGAAUAUUAAAGGAAAUUCUAAUCCUCUGUCCAAGUUACAAGCUACAAGAAACAAUAAUCGAAUACUGAAUUUUGAGGCCAUAAAUGUUACAGAAUUAAAAAAUUGGAAAUGCCCGCUGUUUAGUCUUCCAAUAGAAAGCAUUGUUGUUGGCAAAUCAAUUAACGAGAUGUCAUUAAACGAUUUACAGGAAAACGUUCUCAAAGUGAUUGGUAAUCAAGAGGUCAUUGGAGAACACAUUUUCUACAGUAUGAAUGUGAUAGAUGCUUCCAUGCGAUUGAAUAUUGCCACAAAUUUGACGAAAACAGAAAUACAUACGCGAGAGAUAAAAGUAAAAGAAUUAAAUUUAGCAACAGGCGGAAUUCUAUUACCGUUAAACGGUCCCCCCACAACGAUGAAUGGCUCGAUCAAAGCAUCCAAAGUAAAAGUGAAGAACGAUAUUCGUUUAAGAGGGAAAUUAUUUGGUGAUUCGAGAAAAUCCUUAUUGCCUGUGACGAUAAUUCCUGAGCACAUUACCAUAAAAGGUGGUUCAAUCUUAAGCAAUACUAGAAUUGAAAAUUUGAGAUCAGGAGAUUUAAUUACCAAUAAGGCGAGCUCAGUCAAAGAUAUAUUGUCGAACGUAGUAUCUUUACGCGAUAAUGUAUCGGUAUCCCUAAUAUUUUCAAGCGAGAAAACGAAAUGGAACAAUGUUAUUUUACAUGGUUUUCAAGAUUGGGUAACUGCUGAUUCCCUGAAUAGUGUUACCAUAUCAGGAAGAAAACAUAUUUUGCAGAAUGUGGGGAUAGAAAAAUCUACAUACGAAACUGUUAAAUUUCCAGAUGUUCUUUUUUUCGUUCAAAGGAUUGAAACACCAGUAUGUGGUGUUGCUAUAAUUGUACCUGAAAUAAAGACCACCACACUAGUAGUGGACAAUAUUAGGAUAAAACGAUUGAAGAGUUCGCGUGUUUUUGGGAGUCUAGGUGAAAUAUAUUCUACACAGAAUACAAUCUCUUUGUUCAAGCCCUUCGAUCUGAUCGUUGAACGGUUUUAUCAUAAUGUUACUGUAAAAAAUGUAUCUGCAAUACGCAUAAAUAACGUAAACUUAACAGAAAUGGAAAGACUUGUGAAUUUAUGGACUGAAUCUAACAAUUUGAAGUCUAAAAUCGAGACGAUGAAUUUGGUAGUUGGAGUACUUCGAUCGCCUGUUCAAUUUCGUAUAGAAGUGCCCAAAGUAAUAAGAAAUAUGGUAUCAGAACAGAAUGUUCAUGUGGGUAGCGUUAAUAAUGUAAAUAUCAUUGAUUUUUUGGCCAAUGCUGUAAAACUUGAUGAUGUAAUAUCCUUAGGAAACAUAACGUUCGACAAUGGUUUCACAACAAAUCGUAUGUACACCUCUUACCGGUCGUUCAAUUUGACACAAUUAAAGGAAAACCCUAAUCUACAUAAAAAACGGAUUUCCGGAAAUAUAGAAACGAACGCGAUAAAUUUGCCAUAUUCUACCGCAUUCGUGGAAAGUGAAAUUCCAUCCAACAUUGCCAUUAUAGGUACUGCAACAUUUCCGAUAGAACCAACGAUCCGAAAUAUAAACAAAAUCAAUUUAAAAGAAUUGUUUACAAGAAUCUGGAUGGCAACAGAUUUUACAGUUUUUCGAGGGAAAAAUUUGCGCAUCAUAAAUGCACAAUUGAAAAGAAAUAUUCUCCUAAAUAACUCUUUGAACACGUUAAAUCUUGAAACAUGGAAGAACAUAUCAGAACGUAUUUUAAGCAAAACAAAAUCACAGGAAAUAACGGUUCCUGCUUCUUUGAAGAAUAUUGAAACACCCGUUAUCAUAGGUUCAAGCACUCCAUCCAUAAAGUGUUUAGAUUCAAAUUUCAACGACGCGUUUGAUAAUGCCUUAAUAAGACAUAAACCGCAAGAAGUUACGGCAAAAUGGACAUUCGAUAAAUUGAAGGUUUUAGACAAAUUGCACGCAAUGAAGAAAAUUAACGACUUGAAUUUUAAAACGGAUAUCAUGAGACACAACUCAACGGGGAAUAUUGUAACUGGGAAGAAAACGGUGGUAGUUUUAACAGCAGAAAAUUUGAAUGGUUUAAAUUUCGAUGAAUGGGCUGAUAAUGCUUUAAUGAAAGAGAAGAAGUCUGUAACCAUUAAAGGGCGAAAGUAUUUUAACACUGUCACGAUCAACAAUAUAAAUGUAUCUGGCACUAUAAUGGGGCACAACAUAGAGGAAGCAUUAUCAAAAUCUGCAGAUCAAACGCUCCAUGGUGAAAAAACAAUUCAAGGAUUUUUCAAUACACCGAUGCUCGUUAUUGAUAGUUUGGUGAACGACGUAAACUUAACCGAUUUAAUGAGCCGCCAAUUGAAGAAAAAGGAACAGCCUUUGCAAAUAAUAAAAACGAAAAUAAAGUUACAAAACGUCUUGAAAAUUGUUGGAAAUCUUACAGUGAAUGAUACUUAUGGAAAAGCAGAGUUCAAGAACUCUUAUAAGGCUUAUUCGAAUUUAGAGGCCGUCGAAGAAAAAAUGAGAAAAUAUUCAAAAAUAUCUGAGACAAUUAAUGUAGCAUUACGAAAUCGGGCAGUUUAUGUAAACAAAUUGGAAGUUGUAAAAGAAACGAAUGCUAUCAAUGCUUCCAAUGAAAAUAUAUCGUUUCAGAAAGAACAGUGCGGACCUAAAAAUUUUUCCCGGCUUUGUGCUAACGAGCGCGUAGUGAAUAUCAUUUCUAAAUUAAAUUCGAGUGAUUUUGUAAUGAUAAAAUCGGUUUCGUUGGAUAAGGAGGAGUUUGUUAUAUGGAUAAAAUUCGAUUCAGUUUCCAUAUAUUUAUACAACAAUAUUGAUGAUAGCCUUUCUCAUUUAAAAGACUUACAUAUUCCGAACAUAAUCGACGCGUUCGUGGAGUCGAUGUCACACUCAUUAUGGAUCAUUCUACGAUUAAUAUCGCAAACGCUGGCGUUACGUUAUCAACCCUGGAACGACGUACAAGAAUAUGUUUUACCAGCCACGGAUGUAUUUAAAAUGAGCUGGUUUUCAAAUGGGCAGCUGUUAUUAUUAUUAUCGGACGGUGUCUGGAACCUCGAAGGUCUUGCAAGCCCCCAAAAUGUUAUUAAUAUUCCUCUUAAAGGAAAAGUGGUGGCCCUUAUAGACGGGCCUAACUACUAUGUGAAGUGCUCAUCGAUGAACAAUGUAACUUUAAUGAAGGCUCGAUACGUAGGAAAUUGAACACUGCAUUGAUCAGUUAUAGUAAUUUUAAUGUAUUACUAAUCUAAAUUCAUUGCACC